AUGUCCUCACAAGUGGCCAAGGCCGCCCGGCGCGUGACCCACGAGCUUCACGGCGUCGUCGUGUCUGCAGGCCUGAUGCAAAAGACCGUCAAGGUCCGAGUCGGCGGUCAGAAAUGGAACAAGGUCAUCAACAAGUGGUUCGCAGACCCCAAGCACUACCUCGUACACGAUCCCAACUCCUCCCUCCGCACCGGCGACGUCGUCUCCAUCGUCCCCGGCUGGCCGACCUCCAAGCACAAGCGCCACGUCAUCAAGAACAUCAUUGCGCCAUUCGGCACUCCCGUCGAAGAGCGACCACCAAUUCCCACAUUAGAAGAGCGCAUCGCCGAGCGAGAGGCCAAGCGGGCCACCAAGGCCGAGCGCAGGAUGAAGGCCAAAGAAGAGCAGAAGCAGUAA